AUGGGACGAGCAGACGAGAUCACGAUGACCAGCGAUGCCUACGCCAAAGAGGCUGGCGCUGACAUCGAAAAGCACAAUGUCGUCACCGCCGGCGUCGAGCUCAAGAGGAGACUCAAGAGCCGACACUUGCAGAUGAUAGCUAUCGGUAUGAUACCCUUCUCCCCUCUCUUUUUGUCCCCUUCAUGCAUAUGCAUGGCACGGCGCAUGGCUUGUGGUACCAUUGGAACUGGUCUCUUCAUUGGUAGCGGCUCUGCUGUCGCGAAAUCCGGUCCUGCCGGUGCUCUGAUUGCCUAUGCCUUUGUGGGAUCCCUCGUCUUCUCAGUCAUUGCCUCGCUGGGCGAGAUGGCAACCUACAUCCCCAUUCCCGGUGCCUUCACCUCCUACGCUACCCGCUUCGUCGAUCCCAGCCUGGGUUUUGCUAUGGGCUGGAUAUACUGGUUCUCUUGGGCCAUCACCUUCGCCCUCGAACUCACGGCUACCGGUCUGAUCAUACAGUUCUGGGCCCCUCACCUGUCUGUGGCCAUCUUCAUCGGCGUCUUCUGGGCCUUCAUUACAGCUCUUAACUUGCUUCCCGUCAAUUUCUACGGUGAAGUCGAGUUCUGGUUCUCCUCCAUCAAGGUCAUUACUGUCGUGGGAUUCAUGCUCUUUGCCAUCUGCGUCAAUGCCGGCGUGGGUGACCAGGGAUACAUCGGAUUCAAGUACUGGCGUGAGCCAGGCGCAUUCGCUCCUUACUUGCUCGAUGUCAUCGGAGAACACAGAGUGUCCCUAGGCAAGUUCCUGGGCUUCUGGUCCGUCCUGGUCCAGGCUGGUUUCUCCUACCAGGGCACUGAGCUCGUAGGUAUUGCUGCCGGAGAGACACAGAAUCCCCGCAAGGCCGUUCCCUCCGCCAUCAAGAAGACCUUCUACCGUAUCCUCUUCCUCUUCGUCCUGACCGUCUUCUUCAUCGGCAUCCUCAUCCCCUACACCAACGAGAACCUCCUCUCCAGCAACACUGAUGCUUCUGCCUCUCCCUUUGUCAUUGCAGCUAAGCUAGCCGGCGUCAAGGUGCUCCCAGACAUUAUCAACGCCGUCCUGCUCACCGUCGUGCUUUCAGCCGCCAACUCAAACGUCUACUGUGGCAGUCGUAUCGUCGUCGGUCUCGCAACCGAGAGGUGUGCUCCCAGUUUCUUUAAAAAGACCACCAGAGGCGGUGUCCCGAUCUUAGCGGUCCUCUUUACCUCCUCCAUCGGUUUCCUAGGAUUCCUUAACCUUUCUAACAACGGCGGAACUGUGUUCGGCUGGUUCCUGAACAUCAGCAGUAUCGCCGGUUUCAUCUCCUGGUCCUGCAUCAACGGGUGCCACAUCCGUUUUAUGCGCGCUCUUGCGGCCCGUGGCAUCAGCAGAGAGUCACUGCCAUAUAAGGCGCCCUUCCAACCUUUCCUAGCCUACUAUGGUCUAGGAUUCACAGUCCUCAUCAUCCUCACCCAGGGAUUCACCGCUUUUAUUCCCUGGAAUACCUCCAACUUCUUCAUCGCAUACGUCAGCUUGAUCCUCUUCGUUGUCUUGUUCGUCGGCCACAAGCUGUGGUUCCGCACCAGGAUCAUUGACCUCUUAGAAGUUGACAUUGACUCCGGUCGUCUGGAAUGUGAUGCCGAACAGUGGGAUGAUACUGAGUAUCCUGGUCCACAGGGCUUCCUACCGGCAAUCAAGCACCGACUUUCACGAAUGUUCUGUUAA